AUGGAGGGGCUGCACCUCUUCUCCGAUGAGGAGGACACCAAGAGGACUGAAUUGGAUGAGGGCGAGAAAGCAGAGGCUCCAGAAGAAGAAGCCAUAGCUCAGAUCAGAUGUACAGGCGUACAAAAUCUUUCUGCAAUGGAGACCAUCUCUACGCAAGUUAUAUCUGCAGAAGAUGAAGAAGAAUUUGAAAUCCGAUGCCAGGAAGAGCAGUCAGAAACGGAUUCUUCUGAUGAAAAUGAAGAAGUUCUCAUGGACACCAAGAAGUCUUCAGGUGCUGCUCAUCAAAGUUGGGCCCCCUCAGUUUAUGUCUCUUUUCUAAAGGAACAUUACCUGUUUGCAGGUUAUGAGAUCACCAUCUAUGAAUCUAUUGAUCAUUUUGGAGCUGUGACCUGGCCAGGGGCAGUUGAGUUGUGCCAUUUUCUCGAAAGCAACAGGACGGAAUUCAAUCUUGAUGACAAAAAUGUACUAGAACUAGGUGCUGGAACAGGACUGGUGUCUAUUGUGGCGGGCUUACUAGGUGCUAAUGUAACUAGUACCGAUCUCGCUUGUGCGAUUGGAAACUUGCAAAGUAAUCUUAUGAGAAAUACACGACGGAGAAGCAAGCAUCAACCCCAGGUUAAGGAGUUGGUUUGGAACGUAGAUUUAGAUAAAAACUUUCCUCAAUCUGUUCAUCAUUAUGAUUACAUCUUAGCAGCUGAUGUCGUUUAUCUUCAUAACUGUUUGGAUGAUUUACAGGUUACAUUUGAAUAUUUUUGUCAACCAGGCAGUGUAAUAUUAUGGGCAAACAAAUUAAGAUUUAAUACAGACCACGAUUUUUUGGAAAAAUUCAAGGCAACGUUUGAUACUAUAGUUCUGGCUGAUAUCCCUCACUUGGAAGUAGUAAUAAUUAAAGGAACAAUGAAGGCACAAUUAGUGAAGAAUACUUAG